UCUCCCCGACGGUGCCCUGCUUGGAAACUUCAGCCUCUCCUGGCUUCUGUGUGCUAGUGCAGUACCGAAGGUGUGAAAGUGGCUUUGGGAAUCUCACCCCCCGGAGGUCGCUGCGGGGCUUGGAGGAGCGACCUGCAAGGCAACUUUGCUCAGCCCUCGUGCCGCCCUCGGAUUUCCUCUGCCAUCCCUCGCCUGCCUGCAUGGAAGUGGACAGGCCAAAAUCUCAGCAAGUUCGAACCUCUAGCACGAUAAGGCGAACCUCUUCUUUGGAUACGAUAACAGGACCUUACCUCACAGGACAGUGGCCACGGGAUCCUCAUGUGCACUACCCUUCAUGCAUGAAAGAUAAAGCUACUCAGACACCUAGCUGUUGGGCAGAAGAGGGAGCAGAGAAACGGUCACAUCAGCGGUCUGCAUCAUGGGGAAGUGCUGAUCAACUAAAAGAGCAGAUUGCCAAAUUGAGGCAGCAGCUGCAACGCAGCAAGCAGAGCAGUCGGCACAGUAAGGACAAAGAUCGGCAGUCACCUCUCCAUGGCAGCCAUACAACAGUCAGCCAUACUCAGGCUAUUGGAUCAAGGUCAGUCCCUAUGCCUCUGUCAAAUAUAUCAGUGCCAAAAUCAGCUGUUUCACGUGUGCCCUGCAAUGUAGAAGGAAUAAGUCCUGAAUUGGAAAAGGUAUUCAUCAAAGAAAAUAAUGGGAAGGAGGAAGUGUCCAAGCCUUUGGAUAUACCAGAUGGUCGCAGAGCUCCUCUCCCUGCUCACUACCGGAGCAGUAGUACACGCAGCAUAGACACCCAGACUCCUUCUGUACAGGAGCGCAGCAGCAGCUGUAGCAGCCACUCCCCGUGUGUAUCCCCCUUUUGUCCUCCUGAAUCCCAGGAUGGCAGCCCUUGUUCAACAGAAGAUUUGCUCUAUGAUCGGGAUAAAGACAGUGGGAGUAGCUCACCGUUACCCAAGUAUGCUUCAUCUCCCAAACCAAACAACAGCUACAUGUUCAAACGGGAGCCCCCAGAGGGAUGUGAGCGAGUGAAGGUCUUUGAGGAAAUGGCGUCUCGUCAGCCGAUCUCGGCCCCUCUCUUUUCAUGUCCUGACAAAAACAAGGUUAAUUUCAUCCCAACUGGAUCAGCUUUCUGUCCUGUAAAGCUUCUAGGUCCUCUCUUACCUGCCUCUGAUCUGAUGCUCAAGAACUCUCCUAACUCUGGCCAGAGCUCAGCUCUGGCAACUCUGACCGUUGAGCAGCUUUCUUCUCGGGUUUCCUUUACAUCUCUUUCUGAGGACACCAGCACAGUGGGCUCCCUGGAGGCCUCUGUCCAGCAGCCAUCCCAGCAGCAACAACUCCUGCAGGACCUGCAGACUGAAGACCACAUCUCCACUCAGAACUAUGUGAUGAUCUAAAGCAGAGAGGGAGCUGGCCUCCACCCAUAUCCCUUGAAUUGGGAAUGAGAUCUGCAUGGAGUGACAAACUGAAUACCAACACCAACAGCAAAACACUUAGCAUCAUAAAAUAGCUCUUAACACUGAUCUUGGCAGGGACCGAACUCCUAUUCAGCAGUUUUUGUGGAAAGCAGUAAUGCUUGCAAAAUGUGUGUGUCAUUCAGCAUUUUAAGUGGAGACUAUGCAUUUCAUAGUAUGUUUGACAAUUAGUACUGUGUCCUGUGUUUUGUUCCAGAUUUUCAGUAUAAAUAAGCUCUAUAUCAAAAAAAUUGCCUGUCUAAAUGGAACAUGUCUUGCUGUGUUUUGUCCUAUGGAAAAUACUGUACUUCAGGAUUAUGUUUACAAUUGAUCCAGGUGUUUGUUUCUAACGAUACUGUCUCAAAAAGACAAAAAAAAAAAAAAAAAAAAAAAAAAAAAAAAAAAAAAAAAAAAAUGGCCACAACAGUUGCACAGUGCCCACCCUAUGGCCUAGCUUCAGGUACUUCAGUUGAAGUCUAAACUCAGGUAACUUGGAAUGUAUAUCAUAUUGGGAUAGUAAGUAUUUCACAGCUAAAGAGGGACCAUCACUCUUUUGCCUUUCCUUAUUUUAUGCAUUUCCCUUUCCUCAUUCCAUUCCACAUUCUUAGAAUAAGAAGUGCAUUCAGCCCUAGGAGAAUGGUAAUCCUGGACAUGGGGAACCGAGAAGAACCAGCAAAUCUGUGGUGUCUGACAUCACUUGUGUCAUGUGGUUACCAGUAGAACAACUGUUGGAUUCGCUGUUUCAACAUGUGUAAAUGUGGCUUUUUUAAAAGUUCAGGUGUUGCUUAGUUAAUAACUGUUAACAAUGUUGCAAACAAAGUGUUCAGUACUAGACUCUAUAAACAUUCCACAUUGUGUGUGAUGAAAUUAAAAGGCAAGAAUGUCUAGGUUUAAUUUCAAAACUAGUGAAGUUUUGCAGGAGUAAAUGACUAAGGAUUUUUGUUAAUAUUGGCCACCAGGGUCAUAAUUGUUGUCAUUUUUAUCUAAAGAUAUGUUUAGUUUUGCCUUAGGAAAUUCUUUAAUUUGCAGCUUUGAAAGUGACACACUUUUGGUUACUGUUUUCCUCAAGCAGUUUAGAUGCAUGAGUUGCAUUCACAUAGAGAGAAUAUGUAUGUCUCAGAAUUAAUGCAGCACAAGCAAGCAGAUUACUUGUCUUACAAGAGCAAUAGUUUAAAGCAGUCUCAUUUAAACCUCACAUAACACUAUCAUGAAUAAUUUUGUUAAGACUUGGAAUAUGUGAAAUAGAGCAUAAACCCAAGUAAAUAGCCUUGAACUUGCAGUCUUGACAUAAGUUCUUCACAGAAUCUAAAGAGAGCCCUAGAUAUUCCUGAUUGGUUAGUUGGAGAGCCUGACUUCCAGACAUUGUUUUCUGUGACACAGAGCUUAUCCAGAUGUAAAGGGAAGUGUUUGUAUUUGUAUUCCAUUGCUUUCAGUUCAGUUAAAACCUAGAGCUCUCUCCACCUAAAAUGUAUGGCACUUUUUUUUUUUUUUAAAUUAGGGGAACAGGGUGCCUACAGUUAAAGGAACGUUCCAGUUCCCUUCAAUCAUUCCUGGUUUUCUUUGUUUUGUCUCUUUUCUAAAGAAAUUGGAGAAGGAUGCAUUGAUAGAGAAGAAAGCAACACCAUUUUAUUUUUGAAAAAAUGUGUGUGUGUGUGUGCAUGUGCGUGUGUGUGUGCUGUGUAUUACUUUGUCAUCCCCAAUUCUCUCCUUUCCACCAAAGUUUGCAGUAACAUUCUCUCCUGAAGGUGCAUUCUGGCUCCUUUAGUCAGUGUUAUAUCGUAGGAGACUGUCACAGAGAAAAGGACUCAGUUUACGUUUGCCAUUUUUUCACAGGGGAACCUUUUAAAACAAUCUUUUCAGCAGCUGACACCUUUAACCCUAAUAAUCUCAGGCCUUGAUGAAAAUACUAUAUUUUGUAGAUUAUGGUUAAAGGGAGAAAAUUACUAGAUAUCUGUAAGAUAAAUAUGAGCUCCACUUCUGAUAUCUGGUUUAGCGUUACUUGAUGUGUUGAUCUUAUGCUCUGCUUUUGUCUAAAUAAGAUGCAAUAGUAUCAUCAAUUUCAGAAAGUUGGACUGAAUAGCCUUUUUGGUGACGAAAUCUGUUGUAUGAUAUUUAUAGUGAUGUGCUUUUAUUUUCUCAUGAAAAACUAAAUAUUGUGUUGUACAUUUGUUCUUAGCAUAUAUUAAAAUUUUGAACCAAAUGUGUUAAAGCUUAUGCUUUGCUGUGUAAAUUUUCCAGAAGUUGUUGAGCUCAAAUGUAUCCUACAUUCAGCUGUAGAAAUUUGUCAGAAAUUGUUUAAAUUUUGUAUAUAGUUGUACUGUUUAAUUUUAGCCACGGCGCUGAACAGUAUUCGAGUUAUACAAUAUGGCUUUACACAAGAAAUGUGUGGCUUCUGUUUUGUAUUUUUUUCAGUAUAGAAGUUCCUGUGUCUUAUUUAAAUAAAGUUAUUAGUAAAACUGGA